CUGCCCCCCGCCCUCCUCUCUCCAGAGCUCCAGCUCUUUCUCCAGAGGUACCUGCUGGGAUGGAGGAGGCUGGCCAGAGCAGGGAGGAGAUUUCCAUUCAGACACCUUCCAGCUGUCCAAAUAGAGGGGGAAGAAAAUGUUCUCUUUCCGGAACAGCUGGACUGACAGCCGGGAAGGCCAGGUGGCCCGAGGCAGCCGGGAUGACAGCUCUCCCCAGGAACCCUGCUACCCGCUGAGAAACAUGAUCAGCAAAUCCCGCUUGAAGCUCCUGGCCAUGUUGACGCUGGUCCUGAUCGUCAUGGUGUGGUAUUCCAUCUCCCGAGAAGACAGGUACAUUGAGCUUUUUUAUUUUCCCAGCCCAGAGAAGAAGGAGCCGUGCUUCCAGGGUGAGGCAGAGAGGAAGGCCUCUAAGCUCUUUGGCAACUGCUCCCGAGAUCAGCCCAUCUUCCUGCAGCUGAAGGAUUAUUUCUGGGUCAAGACGCCGUCUGCCUACGAGCUGCCCUACGGGACCAAGGGGAGCGAGGACCUGCUUCUCCGGGUUCUAGCUAUCACCAGCUACUCCAUUCCAGAGAGCAUCCAGAGUCUCAAAUGUCGCCGCUGCGUGGUGGUGGGGAAUGGGCACCGGCUUCGCAAUAGCUCGCUGGGAGACGCCAUCAACAAGUACGACGUGGUCAUCAGAUUGAACAACGCCCCAGUGGCUGGCUAUGAGGGCGACGUGGGCUCCAAGACCACCAUGCGUCUCUUCUACCCUGAGUCUGCCCACUUCAACCCCAAAGUGGAGAACAAUCCAGACACACUCCUUGUCCUGGUAGCUUUCAAGGCAAUGGACUUCCACUGGAUUGAGACCAUCCUGAGUGAUAAGAAGAGGGUGCGAAAGGGCUUCUGGAAGCAGCCUCCCCUCAUCUGGGACGUCAACCCCAGACAGGUGCGGAUUCUCAACCCCUUCUUCAUGGAGAUCGCAGCUGACAAACUGCUGAACCUGCCCAUGCAGCAGCCUCGCAAGAUUAAGCAGAAGCCCACCACAGGCCUGCUGGCCAUCACCCUGGCACUCCACCUCUGCGACCUGGUGCACAUCGCUGGCUUUGGCUACCCAGACGCCCACAACAGGAAGCAGACCAUUCACUACUACGAACAGAUCACGCUCAAAUCCAUGGCGGGGUCAGGCCACAACGUCUCCCAAGAGGCCCUGGCCAUCAAGCGGAUGCUGGAGAUUGGAGCAGUCAAGAACCUCACCUUCUUCUGACUUGGGCAGGAGUUCUACCCAACAGUCUGCCUGCUCUGCCACCUGAGCGGCCCCAUCCCUGGCUGUGGGGGUGCCUGGCACCAGCAGGACCUGCCUGGACUCACCGUCCCCCGUGUGGAGAGGGGUCCUGGUACUGGCCAGGUCUGAGAUGAGGCCGUGCCCCGGGCUGCUCUUGUGGAGGCCCGAUCCCGUCAGGGUGGAGGCCCUGGGGUGGUGGGAGGCCGUUCGAGGCAUGGGGUCUGUUGGCUGUGGCAUCCCUUCUCCACCAGCACCGGGAGGUUAUUUAAUGGGCUAUUUAAUUAAAAGGUAGGAAUGUGCCAUGGGCUGGUCCCAUGGCAUCUGGAAGAGAGGGCAUAGUACAGUGUUCUGCCCGCUUUUUAUAAAAAACACGAAAGUGCUGGGCCCACCAAAGCCUAGACCCAGAGCAGGCCUCCCAGGAGGGCAGGGAUGUCCGGAGUGGGUGGGUGCCCUCCAGAGAGGGGCUGCUACCUCCCAGCAGGCAUGGGAAGAGCACUGGUAUGGGGGUUCCACGGAGAAUGGGACCUCGUCUAGAAAAGAGGUUUGAAACCUAUCAUUAAACUAUUUUUCCUAAAACGGAA